GCACAUUCCGAGUGAACUUUUCACAGUUGCCCCCAGGCCCCCUUGAUGCUUGAUUCUGUUGAUAAACUGUCUCUACGCGGGGUAGGCCUUGCUGCUUCGGAUUCAGGAUGGAAAAAGAACAAUGAGUAUGGAUUUCUUGGAAGAGAGAGAAAUUCAGAGGUAUUUUUAUUCCUCUGUCACCUGGGGGUUAAAUUCAUCCUUCUGAACAACUCAAAUCAUUACCUACUCGUUGAAACUUUUUACAACUCCCAGUAUGUUACAGUUGCCUUCUCUGUGCUUAUACAACUUGGUUCUAACUAUUCAGCAAGUGUUUACAGAGCACUUACUUGGAAGGCACAGUCCUGUGUUUAGGGAUACGGGGUUGGAAAAAGUCACACAACCUAGCAUUAUCACGUUGCUGUGAAAUACAAGGAUUGCGUGUCCUUUACACCUCACCGGCUCUCCUGAUUACGUGAGUACUUCGCCAUAAUGAAGUCAGGAAUGGAGUCGUCUUGGUAUUUGUAUAACUAGGGCGAACUGGAAUCUGGAUGACACACGGUAGCCCUCUUCAUUCCUCCUUCUUACACUGCCACCACCUCCCGAAUGUAGCAAUAGCUCUCGGCCCAGAUGCUGACCUCAUACUGCGCUUUCUGAUGUGGCAAAUGGACGUUUUUAAGUUACAGGCUCAUGAAGGUGGAAAGGCCAGUCCCCCGGACCCCUUAACCUCAAUGAGUCAGUGUUUGCUGCAGCCAUGCGUCUAAUCACGAGUAUCUGUUGUCUUUGACAGGUCUUUUUGACUCACUGACCAUUCUUGGCAUUCGUUUGCCUUCCGAACUAUGAUCCGGCGUGGUUUGGAAGCCCCAAUUUAAUAAUUUCCGACCUAAGUGCAAGGUUACAUUCCAAUGUAUUAGAUUCAGGAACUCCGUUCCCCGCCCUCUUCCCUUGAGCAUAUAUUCUGCCAACGCAGAAGGUGCCUCACUCGUUUUACAGGCAGCAAGACUAGCCGCACUUUAGGAAUACGGCUAAAUCAUCACAGUUUGCCACCUAAAGUAGGGGUGGGUGGGAACUAGUUGUCACUUUAAGAACAGGCUAAGACUGAAGCUGCGGAGUGUCGCGAGAGCUAUAGCCAGCGACUUCUCGCGAUGUUUGGUCCGGCAAAGGGUGGCCAUUUUGGAGUCCCGCGGGAGGCUGGUUUCCCCGGCGGCGUCUCCCAACGUGCUGCGGGGACCAAAGCUGGGUCCACGGGUGUCUGGCCUAUGGGCGGCCAGAGCGACACGAUGUGGCGGCUCCGCUGCAAGGCCAAGGAUGGCACACAUGUUUUGCAGGGAUUGUCCAGCCGUACCCGGGUGCGGGAACUCCAGGGCCAAAUUGCCGCCAUCACCGGGAUUGCCCCCGACUGUCAGCGCAUCCUUGUCGGAUACCCACCCGAGUGCCUGGAUCUCAGCGAAGGGGAUACCAUUCUGGGGGACUUGCCCAUCCAGUCAGGCGACAUGCUGAUCGUUGAAGAAGACCAAACCAGACCCAAAACAUCACCUGCAUUUACAAAACAUGGUGCUCCUAGUUUCGUCAGGGAACCUUUGCCUGUGCUUACCAGAACAACGGUCCCAGCAGACAACUCUUGCCUCUUUACCAGUGUGUACUAUGUUGUUGAAGGAGGAGUCUUGAAUCCAGCUUGUGCCCCGGAGAUGAGACGCCUCAUAGCACAAAUUGUAGCAAGUGAUCCAGACUUCUAUAGCGAGGCAAUACUGGGAAAAACAAAUCAAGAGUACUGUGACUGGAUCAAAAGGGAUGAUACUUGGGGUGGAGCUAUUGAGAUAUCCAUUUUGUCUAAAUUUUAUCAAUGCGAAAUAUGUGUAGUGGAUACACAGACCGUAAGAAUUGAUCGUUUUGGGGAAGAUGCAGGAUACACCAAACGGGUCCUGCUUAUAUAUGAUGGCAUCCACUAUGAUCCACUUCAGCGUGUCUUCCCUGACCCAGACACCCCUCCUCUGACCAUUUUCUCCUCUAAUGAUGAUAUUGUUCUUGUACAAGCACUGGAAUUAGCAGAUGAAGCUAGAAGCAAGAGACAAUUUACUGAUGUCAACCGCUUCACCCUGAGAUGCAUGGUAUGUCAGAAGGGAUUAACUGGACAAGCAGAAGCAAGGGACCAUGCCAAGGAGACAGGCCAUACCAACUUUGGAGAAGUGUGAUCCAUGCAUGAUGAGGAUUGAAGCCUACUACCUCACAGAUCCAGAAGGCUCUGGGUUUUCCAAUAAGCUAUUCGUAACCCUCAAGAAUAAAAGGACACAAUGCUUGAACCAUCAUUUUAACCUAAAACCACUAAGACACUGAAUUCCUUGUUAAGAUUAAAAUUAGUGUGCAAGUUUACA